AUGGCGACCACCGAGCAGCAGGAUCUGGACCCCGUCACUGCGCAAGACGCGGAUCUCGGGAUCAACCUCCAGAUUUCCUCACCCUCCGCAGCCAACGGCACCAUCCUGCCCCCCCCAAUCCCAGCCCAAGGUGACGUCGAGAUGGCAGAUGUUCCCGCUCAGCAGCCCAGCCCCUCCAAAGGGAAGGCCAAGGGCAAGGGUAAAGGUCGUGCCCCCGCGAAGAGCAAGGCAAAGGUGACCAAGCCUGCCGGCCGUGGUCGCCGCCAGAAGGCCUUCGAGUCCAUCAAGGCUCAGGCGGUCCAUGAGCGCCUGCAGGAGAUCAAGGCGGCUUGGACCAACCUUGUCAAGCUCGUCAAGCCGGCUCUCCAGGAACUAGCCGACCGGACUCUGAAGAAGCUCGACGAGGACCCCACGGCCCACGAGCAAGUCCCAGAGGCAGAUAUCUGCAAGAAUUUCCUAGACCAACGCCUCGCCGAUACCGUAAAGGCUGCCGACCUUCGGCUGAAGAUGGAUCUCGACACCCAGAAGAAGACUCUCGAGAUGAACCAAAAUAUGGCCAAGGAGUCAUAUAUUACUAAGGUCCAUGAGGCGGAGUCCGACAUGUACGACACGCUCCUCCUCCAAUUGGACCGGCUUGAGUAUCUAUACGACAACAACUUGCCGGUUGAUCUUCCUGAUAAUGGCUACAAAUACAAGGAAAUUAGCCAGGAGCAAGUUGAUCUCCAAGGCGUCCACGUCCAGACCGUGGACGGGGUCGAGCAGCCAUUUGGGCCCGCUACGUUCAGCGAGCUCCAGGAGCAGGCCUACUGGCUUCCUCCCAAGCGCAAGGCCGAGGGAGAGCCCGAGGGUCAGCCGAGCGCCAAAGAGGCUAGGACCGACGACUAUGGCGCCCCCGAGAUGUCGCGUCACGGUGGUGGUCUUCUUUCCGCUGUCGAAGACGUCGAGGGGCGACUCUCCAUUUCACGGUCUCAGACACCCGCUGCUGGACCUGCAGAGGGACGUGAGAUUUUUGAUGUCGAAGAGCUCAACGGUCUUCCACUGCCCCGGGCGACCGGGUUGCCUGACGAGCUUGGAUUCCGCAUUAUCAGGAGGAAGGGGAAUGCUAAUGACAUCCCCAACAACCGGAUAAUCGCGCCUGCUUCGAUCCGGUGGGAAGAUGGCGAGAUCGGCUUCAGCGACUCGACCAACAACCCCGAGAAAGGGGCCACGAAAGCCCGUCGCCGCGAGUACCUGGGCAAGCCAAACUCCCACGCCAUGUACUACGACAGGCGCUGCCAUGGUUGGUAUGCCCACGAGCUGGAGGAGGACGACUUCGAUGAGGAGAAGGUGAAGAAGUACAAUCUCCAUCCUCGGAUGGGGAUCUUCUUACCAAACUCCUCUAACGAGGCCGAGCUUCCGAGAGACCCAGUGCCGGGCGAUCGGCCCAUCGUUUGUGUCGGUCCCAAGGGCCAGAUCAUCCAUGCCUCGCGAUCUGUUUGGGGCUCGCGCCUCGAUGCUGGCAUUGGAGCAGUUGGCAGGAAAAUGGAGAUACGGUCGGUUCUCCGGGACUUCUGCGCGCGCGAGUCUAUCCCGCCGGAAGAGAUCGAGCCAUCGCGAGAACACCGAGAGGCCCACCGUAUCUCUAUGCUCCUUGAUCGGGGCGUCAAUCCUGACCUCAUCCCCGCAGCCGAACAGCAACGGCCCGAGGACGGGGAUCCUCCCUAUACCGCCGGGACAAGGUCAGGUUUGACGCUCCGAUCUGGGAGCCCUGCUUCUUCUGCCCCUGGCAUGUCCACGAUAUUGGAGGCGGCCUCAGUGCUGGAUGCCGAGCAAGAAGCAGCCGAGUCGUCUCGGAAUGCGAGAUCGCAACCCCAUUCUCGACCGUACGACGCAAUCCGAGACGUAUUCACAGAUAAUGCGCCGCCCUCUCCCCCUUCCGCACGGCCUGUCAUAGCCGAUACAUACAACCUUUCCUUACUCGCAGAGCUGUCCGAGGACCGGCAGCGAAUCAUGGACCAACCAGCACAUGGCGCUGCUCCGCCUUCGACAGAAAUGUCGAUGCUAGAUCCCAGGCUCUUCUCGCCUCCUGGUCCCGGAAACAAUCCCGGAAUGAGAGGCCCCGAGUUCGGUCGGCCCAGCGACUACCCGCGAGCAAACCAACUCCAGCCGCCGAACGAGUUCGGUCCACAAUCGCAGUGGAUACGCUCGCAAGAGCACCCCCCGGCCAGUGUGCCCACGCGGUCGAACGACUUCCUAAGGACGGCUCUGAACCCGCAGCCAUCCUCAUAUCCUCCCAUCGCGCCCGCCCCGCCAGCACCCGCCCAUCCUGCUCCUCCGGCUCGGGGACUUAGCCCACCCCCGCAGCGGAUUCCCUUUAGUAACACUGGGACAGCAGGGGGGAGUCUCCCGGCUCUCCGCCCAGUGCGGAGCUUACUCGACGACCAGCCGCCCCUUCCCGAGUCACAGGGAAGCCCACCACCCAUGUCACGCCCAGCCAUGGUGGCAUCAAACAGCGGGUCCUACUACCCCCCCGCACCUCCCCGCCCAUUUCACAGCGGCUAUUCCAUUGUGGACCAGCCACAGAUGCCGCCGAGGCAACCGGCGUUGAUGCCGGGCCAACAGCACCUCCCACCGCCGCCGCCAGGGCCGCCGGCGCAGAGCCCAGCGCCAUACCCGAUGUCUCCGCCAUCGUAUCUGGCUUCGUCGCCACCACCUAUGCCUGGGCCCCCCGGCCAUAUCCUCCAGCAGAGCCAGCCCCAACCUCCUCCAUUUGGGGGCGCGCCCGCGCCAGCAGCAGCGGCAUCGCCGCACACCCGUGGGGGGAGCUCGUCCGCCUCAUCGUCGAGGUACCGGAAGUUGGAGCCGGCCCCGACCCCGCCCCACAGGAUGAGAUACCAGCAGCCGCUGAGGACGGUGCCUUUCGAUUACCGCGAGGCAAUCAAGCACUACUCGGCGGUGGAGGCGCCGCCGCAGCAGGGCCCCACCCACAUCCGUGGGUGGACCCACAACAACAUAAGGCAGGACGAGGAAGAAGCGGAAACCGAGGUCAAGCCAAGGCGGCGGAAGCGGGGCGACGAUGACGAGCCAGCCGACGACGACGACGACCAGCAGCCCGUGUCGAAGCGGACUCGCCGCGCUGCGCGACAAGUCGUCGGCGCUCCGCCCCCCGCCGCCCAGGAGGUGGUGACGGCACCACUGUCAGCCCUCCCCACCGUAGAGGAGCAGUCGCGGCUCGCGGAGGCUGCCCUCGCAGGUGGGCGAGAGGAAGUCGUCGAGCCCCUCGCGGGGCCGGCGCCUGGUGGGGUGAGGGAGGCAGAGGAGGACGCGGAGGAGAGAGAGCUGGAGGAGAAGGCGGAUGAGGAAGGAGAAUUGUCACGGCCGGAUUCGCCCCCCAAGGGGCGAGUGAAGGCGCUGAAGAAGCAAGGGCCGCCUCGUAGCCCCUACAUGCUGCGUAGCCGAACCAGGAAGGCGUGA